AUGGUUAACGAAGUUGAGAAAACAUCUAAUUUGACAUAUUUCUUACACUCUACUUUGGGACAGUUCUUUAUAACAAAAACUCACACACUUCAAAUUGACAAAACUGAUGCUGUUAUUUAACUUAGAUAUUUGACACAACAACAACUUUACAGCUAAGACACGACAGUGACUGAUGGAGUGAGUCUGGCAAGCCAGUGCACUGACCGUAGUUUAAAUGAUCUGGUCCACAAAAACCUUCGCAGUGGAAUUUUUAAUAACAUUACCCAGUACUCAUUUGUUUAAAAUGAGAAAUUAUUUGGUCAGGUUUGUGUUUACACUGAGAAGAUUGAACAUGGUUCAAAGAAGUCUAAUGUUUUGCGCAAGAUUAAGGACUUUGAGUCCCUCCCCAUGGUUACCAAGGAUGGAUUUAGAAACAUUGUGGCAUUGCAAAGUGAUGCACCCCUGCAGAUGGGCCACGAACAUUACCUGUCUCUUUGAAAUAAUGAGGGUCCUGAAAGCAGAGUAUAGGUUCUAGAUGGUAAAAUGAGAAUUUCAGUUGCUAACUAUUGUGGUAAUUACAAUGGUGAUUACCUGAACCAGGUGAGUAGUAUCUAUAUCAUAAUAACACUUUACACAUAUACCAUCUCUUCUCUACUCAAGCCUGACAAUAUAAUUAAUGUUUCUUUGAAUACUUACUUUGAGGUCGCAGAACAAAGUGUCACCAUGCCCCUUGUCAUGUAGAAUGAGCUGUGGCCCGAGUGGUACCAGAGACUGAAUGUUGGAACUGUGCUCUACCUCCAAAACUAGAGUAAUCCAAACAGGUCUCGACCUGACAUAGACAACCACAGAAUGAAGAGCUUUCACUCAGUAGAAAUCUGUCUGAAUCUUUGGACUCCCACUGCACUCCUUACUGUGGUUCCAGCCAAUGUGCAGUCUCAAUGGGGCUUGCCUAAGGUUUCCUACCAGUUCACCGCCAGAUAAGAAUUGAAGAACAAUUCUGCAUGUGAUGUCAUUGGCUUGGUAACUUUUGUGGGUCGGGUGGAGAGAGUCAAGAGUAAGGGGUCCGCAGGCCCAGAAAAAUACUGGACUUACCGCUGGGUCCAUGGUGGAACAUCCAAUAGUCCUUUUAUUUUGGAGCUUUCUGCUUCUUCACAACCAGAAAUAUACCAUGGGAUAUACCCAAGCAAAUACCUGGUGUGCACUCAGAUGAGAAAGUGUUAAGAGCAAGACUCACUGCCUUACCUCACCAGCAGCUGCAAGACACAUAUAUUUAAUACCGGGUAUCACAAGGGCCAGCCAUACCUGUCAGACCCCAGGGUGAACUUCAACCAGUGGACCAAGACGAAGGACAGCAUUAUGCUGAAUAAGACUGUUGUUGGUGGCCAUUAUUCCCUCACAUUCCCUCACACCCCUCAGAUAUUCACACAGUCAGUGGCAGUUGGCUCAGCUCAAGUUCUUCUGGUUGCUGCAAAUGACCUAAAGAGGGAGAUGGAGGGUCUGCAUUAUCGUUAGCACAAGCAGCUGGCAAUCCAAGGUCAGAUCAUUGCUGUGCAGUAUGUGACAUGGCCAGAGGAGGCACUGUCAGACCAGUCUGUGGGUGAGACUGUUGUGGCUGUACCUAACCCACACGGUGAUCAGAAAACUGUAGACGUAACUGAAAACAAGGAAACAGCGCCAUCUGGUGUGCAGAGCUCACUCAGCAGACAGGGGAAAAACAACCCAAGAAGAGUGAUAAAGCAAUGCUAUAUCACUCGGGCCAGGAUGCAAGAGAAAAGAGAAGCUGGCCGUGGCUUUACAGAAUAGGAGCUAGUGGGGCAGGAAGAGAAGAGUGAUUCUGAAUCAGAGGAAGAAGUUGGUCCACUAGAUAGAAACCCAGACCAAACCAGAGCCAGUGGACAACAAAGUCCAUCAGAUAUUCCACAGAGUGACGGCGCUCCAGAGAAAGUGGUUACGGACUGUGAUGGAUCAUCGUGGGAAAGCUGCUCGUGGCUGAAGCAGAGACGAGAACCAUUGAUCCAUUUACAUUCUAGUUGUGUUUACCCAGAUUGCCUUUCUCAGAAAUUCAGAUUUGUCGACAAGACCCUUCUGCUGCAGCAGAGUAACCUCCAUGCUGCCAGUGAAUACUCACCAGUAGCCUGCAAAGGAUACUAUAAAACCACAAUAUUUGGUAAUGUAGAGCUCAUGUUCAUCCAGAUGAUGCCAUCUGGGGACCGCAGGUCCUUAGGUCUGCCUCAAGACCCCCAUGACAACACACUUCUGUCUUGCCUGUCUGCAGGCUUCCUCUGCCCUCUCGCAGACCCCCUGAGCCUGAGUGAAGCUGCUCUCCCCGAACCCGAAUACAUUUUGUCAACUGCUGUGGAGCUGAAAGAACAUUUUGUGUAUAUCCCUGUCCUCUGUCAUCUGGGAGGAGAGAAAGAAGAGGUUCUCAUCACCAAAGUGUAUAGAAUGACAGGCAUGGCUUUGGAUAAUAUAUUGGACCACAAUAUGUAUCUCUUUAUCUACAAUAUAGCAGGGGGUGUAAAGCCAUAA